AUGUCUAAUAUAUAUCCGACACAUUUGUUCUUUGGCUCUCACGUUGACCUUGUUACACCAAGGACGGAACAUCCCUUCCCAAUUAUAUUCCAUCUUGGAGUAAAGAAGUCCAAUGAGGAGUUUGAUGUCACCCGUAAUUCCAUGACAUAUACAGGAUUGAUUGCUGACAUGAAAGGUUUCGGUUUUCAUUUGAAGAGAAUGUGGUACGUGACUCCUGGUAAAUACGAUGAUUUGCAUGUAGAGAUCAAGAGGGAUGAACACGUGAAGAGAAUGGUGCAACUAGCAUCUGAAAGAGGAUUUAUUCAUUUUACAUGGUGCUGCCAAGACCGUAGCGAUGAUGCUCAUGCCAACAAGCCUAAGUACAACAAGUACCAAUACAUGCUAUGGCUUCUCGGCCUAGCUCUAUUGGUCAUCGGAUCCCAAUACAGAGUUGGAUUUUGCGAGUCAAAUGAUCAUGUUCUCGAAAGAGAGUAUGAUGUGCUACUUGUUGCAGACGACCCCAUCAUCACAUCAAGCGCCAUGAACAAGCUCCACGAAGCCGCCGUGAAAGGCAACCUCGCAGCCCUCCAAGACCUGCUGUUGCAGGACCCCCAGAUCCUCCACAAGCCCACUUCGUCCCCCGACGGCACGCCCCUGCACGUGUCGUGCCUCCUGGGUCACACGUCCUUCACCAAGCACCUCCUCACCCACAACCCGGAGCUCGCCAAAGAGCCCGACUCGCGCGGCUCGCUGCCCCUCCACGUGGCGUGCGCCAAGGGACACGUGGAGAUCGUGAAGGCCCUGUUGGCCGUCGACCCGGACGCGUCCCGCCGGUGGGACCGCGAGGGGAGGACGCCCCUGCAUCUGGGCGCUAUCAAAGGGAGGGCUGAGGUCCUGGCCGAGCUGGUCCGGGCCGUGCCCGAGGUGGCCCGGGAGAUGACGGGUCAGGGGGAGAGCGCGAUUCACCUGUGCGUGAAGAGUAACAGAAUGGAGGCGCUGAAGGUGCUGGUGGACUGCGUUGGGAGAAACGAUGGGUUCGUGGGUUGUACCGAUAAGGAUGGGAACACGAUCUUGCAUCUUGCUGUGGCCAGGAAGCAAUUGGAGAUCAUCAAGUAUUUGCUUUCCAGCACCAACAUUGAAGUAGACGCCCAAAAUGCAAAGGGGUUUACAGCACUGGAUGUCUUAUCACACGGUCCAAGAGACUUGAGAGACAUGGAGAUCAAGCAGCUCCUACAGAAAUCCGGAGCUUCGAUAAUAUAUCAAACAUCUUUGGGUGGAGACACAAUCGAAGCCAUUCCAAUAGCACAGCCUUAUAUCAAACAGAAUAGUGAUAUUAAACCACCGGUUAAGACUCGCAAGCACACAGAUUGGCUGGGCAGAAAAAGAAGUGCCCUGAUAGUGGUGGCUUCACUCAUUGCGACUGUGGCAUUCCAAGCCACCCUAUCACCUCCUGGCGGCUUCUGGCAGGAUGACUUUACAGCAGACCCUGCGAAGAAUGACACGAAAUCGCACCACGUGGGAAUGGCCGUGAUGGCUACCGCUCUCCCACAGGCAUAUGGGCAGUUCAUGAUCUUCAACACGCUCGCAUUUCUUUCUUCACUGAGCAUAAUUCUGCUUGUGGUCAGUGGACUCCCUAUGAAAAGAAGGAGGUGGAUGUGGACCCAGAUGGUGACCAUGUGGAUUGCUAUCACUGCACUUACCAUUACCUACUUCAUCGCGUGGAUACAUAUGACACCGCAAGAUAAUAGAGGGGUUCUAAACACUGUGACCAGAGUUUCUGUGUUUCUGUGGUUAUGCUUGAUGGGGCUCGUCUUCUUAGGUAACGUCGUUCGAAUGGUUCGUUGGUUUAUGAGGAAGUUUGGGCACUCGAAAGGAAAGGAGCGAGAAGCUUCAACUGCUGUAGAAGAGAACGAGGACCACAAACUCUGAUUUCUUGAUGAAGGUGGCUACUUAAAAUUGAUGUAUAAAAGUCCUUUCUCUGUCAUCAUUACAUACGAUACUCUACCAAUACUGUAUCAAGUGAGUUUUUGUAUGAGUCUAUUCUGAGACUUCGUA